UACAGCAGUAGCAGACAGAGUUUCUUGACUGAUACAACCAUCACGUUAUGAUGACCAAAUUAAUUUUUCUAGCUGGCUUUUCCCUGGCAUUGUGUCACUUUGGAUGGGCCUCCCAACUCACAUGCUAUUUCACAAACUGGUCUCAGUACAGACCUGACGGUGGCAAGUACCUUCCAAAAAAUGUGGAUCCACAUCUGUGCACUCACCUAAAUUAUGCUUUUUCCAUCAUUAAUAAUGCGAAUGAGUUGUCCACCUUUGAAUGGAAUGAUGAAACUUUGUAUGAGUCUUUCAACGGACUAAAGAAAAAAAAUCCCAACUUGAAAACUCUCUUGGCUGUCGGAGGAUGGAACUUUGGCACAGCUCAGUUUACUACCAUGGUGUCCACGUCAGAAAACAGGAAGACGUUUAUUCAGUCCUCCAUUAGAUUUCUAAGGAAAUAUGGCUUUGAUGGUCUGGAUCUGGACUGGGAGUAUCCGGGUUCCCGUGGAAGUCCUCCAGAAGACAAGCAAAGGUUCACACUGCUCUGCAAGGAGCUCUUGGAAGCUUACGAGGCAGAAAGUGUUGCCACUGGAUGCCCCAGACUCAUGCUUACUGCUGCAGUGGCUGCUGGGAAAGGAACCAUUGAUGCUGGUUAUGAAAUUGCAGAAGUUGCCAAGUAUUUGGACUUCAUUAAUGUGAUGACCUAUGACUUCCAUGGCUCAUGGGAAAGUGUCACCGGGCACAACAGUCCUCUGUACCGUGGCUCUGAAGACACAGGAGAUCUCAUCUACUUCAAUACUGAUUUUGCAAUGAGAUACUGGAGAGAUCAGGGCGCUCCUGUGGAGAAGUUGAGGAUGGGGUUUGCAACAUACGGAAGAACAUUUCACCUGUCAUCUGCAGCCAGUGGAGUUGGAUCUUCAGCUAGUGGUCCUGGACCAGCUGGUACAUACACCAGAGAGGCCGGAUUCUGGUCGUAUUAUGAGGUCUGUACUUUCCUUCAAGGAACCACAGUGCAAUGGAUUGAUGAUCAGAAAGUUCCUUAUGCAACAAAGGGACAGGACUGGGUGGGAUUUGACAACAAGGAAAGCUUUCAGACUAAAGUGAACUAUCUGAAGGAGAACAAGUUUGGAGGAGCUUUUGUCUGGGCUCUGGAUCUUGAUGACUUUACAGGACAGUUCUGCGGGCAGGACAAAUACCCUCUCAUUGGACAUCUCCGUACACUUCUUAAUAUCGAUAUUCCACCUGUCCCUCCAAAUACAACACAUGAGCCUGGUAAGACCACAACUACAGCGUCCCAUCCUGCUCCCCCAGAGUUUUGUGUAGGCAAAACAGACGGGUUAUACCCAAACCCAGAUGACCGGACGACCUUCAUUCAGUGUUCUCAUGGCAAGCCCUAUUUACAGCAUUGUGUUGAUGGGACGGUCUACAAUCCUGACUGCUUUUGCUGUGACUGGCCUAAGAAAUAAUCAACGCUUCACUCCUGAAAAGAAAACGUGUGGAAUUUUGGCAGUAUUUUUUACUGUUUGGGGCCAGUGGUGCAAAUGUUUCACACUUUAUCUUUACGAACUGUUUUCAUUUCUUUAAAUUUAAUAGACAGCCAAUGAUUUAAUACUACUUUCUUAAAAUAAUAUGCUACAUUUUGUUUGGUCUUAGAAAGGAGCACAAUAAAACUAA